AUGACAAACUUUUUUUUUGACUACGUCAUUCCAGUUCUCGUGGUUGCGUUGGUCCUCGCCUGCAUCAGGGCGCCGUGGAAACGCUGCGACGAAAGUGACGCCAAAGACGACGCCCGGCUUGAUUUCCGGGUGAAAUAUGUCGAAAAGUUGGCGAGGGCAGAAACUAUUCUCGCCAUGGCGGGCGAGUCCAUGACCGCCGACGAGAGGGCCCAGCUGGCGGAGGCAAAGGCCGUCGUGGAGUAUCUUACUCCUUGGGCAAAAGUCUGGUGGGAGGGGGAGGAGGAGGAGUUUUGGGCGGCGAGGCGCCGCAAAUCAUGGUGGCGACGUUGGUGA